GCCCCGCCUGCCCGUCCAGCCGGCCCGGCGCGCCGCGGCCCCGCCGCCGGAAAGAUGCUGCCCCUCUCCAUCAAAGACGAUGAGUACAAGCCGCCCAGGCUCAACCUGCUCAGGAAGGUGUCGGGCUGGUUCAGGUCUAUCCUGGCGGACAAGACUUCCCGCAACCUCUUCUCCUUCCUCUGCCUCAACCUCUCCUUCGCCUUCGUGGAGCUGCUCUACGGCAUCUGGAGUAACAGUUUAGGUCUGAUAUCAGAUUCUUUUCAUAUGUUUUUUGACUGUACUGCUCUCUUGGCUGGAUUAGCAGCUUCAGUUAUUUCAAAAUGGAGGUCAAACGAUGCUUUCUCAUAUGGUUAUGUUCGAGCAGAAGUGCUUGCUGGUUUUGUAAAUGGCUUAUUCCUCAUCUUUACAGCAUUCUUCAUUUUUUCUGAAGGUGUUGAGAGAGCCCUUGAGCCUCCCGAUGUGCAUCAUGAGAGACUUCUUCCUGUUUCUAUACUAGGAUUCAUUGUAAAUCUGAUAGGAAUAUUUGUUUUUCAGCAUGGAGGUCAUGGGCAUUCACACAGCUCUGGACAUGAGCACAGCCAUUCUCUGUUUAAUGGUGGUCUCAGCCAUGGGCACAAUCACAGAGAUCAUGGACACAGCCAUGAACAUAAACAUUCCCAUGGACACACUCAUGGUCAUGGCCAUGGACACUCUCAUGGUCAGGAUUAUUGUCAUGAUGACCAUUCCCUUGAAGUAAUGGCUGGAUCCAGCAAACAGAUUUUACAAGGUGUUUUUCUGCACAUCGUGGCAGACACUCUGGGAAGUAUUGGUGUAAUCAUCUCUGCUAUACUGAUGCAGAACUAUGGGCUAAUGAUAGCAGAUCCUAUUUGUUCAAUGCUGAUAGCACUACUUAUAGGUGUAAGUAUUGUUCCACUUUUAAAAGAGUCCAUUGGGAUUUUGAUGCAGCGAACUCCUCCUUCCCUGGAAAAUGCCCUGCCACAGUGCUACCAGAGGGUGCAGCAGUUGCAAGGAGUCUACAGUUUACAUGAUCCACAUUUCUGGACCCUCUGUACUGAUGUUUACAUAGGGACUUUGAAGUUACUAGUAGCUCCUGAUGCUGAUGGGAGGUGGAUUCUAAGCCAGACUCAUAAUAUUUUUACUCAGGCAGGAGUGAGGCAGCUUUACAUACAGAUUGAUGUUGCAGCCAUGUAGUCAGUUUCUGGAAUGGUGCUGUUGGACCAAAGCUUUCCAUACUGUACUGGUGUAGCAACACUUCUUGAGACAGAGCCUGCCUCCACCACGUCUGGAAUUGACUGAAUAGAUUUCUGCCCUUGGGCUACGGAGGAAGUUCGCUUCUAAGGAGUAAAUAUUGAAUGAAUGUUCUGGACUUUGGGUCUUGUUUUUUUUGGGGCCCCUAAACUUGUAAGUUUUUGAGGGUUUUUUACUUAAGAUUGUGGUACUGGAAACCCUGUCAUGUCUUCAGUAUAGCUGCUGAAACCACUGCUCAUUCCCAUCAAACCAGUGUUAUCGGCAAUUGGAAACUUGUUUUGUAGACAAUGUCACAAUGGCUGACAUGCUUCAAUAUAAUUGUAUGUUUGUACAAUUGUUUGUACUUUGCAAACUUAAUGAACCAAACCAUAUUGGGUUUUCAAAGUGCCUUUUAUAUCAGGAGAGCUAUUUGCCAGCAUAAAUAUGGAGCAUCAAAGGGUUUUACUACUUUUACAAAUAGUCUUGUAUGCAGUCUGAUUAUUUACUAGUGAUGUAUGCGGGGGGGUUGUGUACUUACAUAACUGUAGAUGUUAGACUUCCAUUAUAUUUGCAUCUUACCAGACAGAAAAAUUCUAAAUGUAAAAGACAAAGCUGUUGUGAAGAGACUUGCUUCUGAACAAGCUGGGUAUUUUGUUGCACGUCUUGUGAAAAUUAUUUUAGGCCAAAUAUUAGAUUUAACUCCAAUUCUUAGUCUCUUCAUACUGUUGAGAGUAAUGAGACAUUACACAAUGUUGCUCAUGUUCAGUCACUUAAACAAUGGGCAGUUGAAGGAAGAUGCUGGUGAUGGAAGCAAUGCUUGAAGUUUUUUAUUUUCCAAAUAAUGUGGUGGAAAAAAUCUAAAUCCUGAAAUUGUGGAAGCCUAAGUCUCCUUGAUUUUGAUAGGUUGUUAUAAUUUUAUUAAAGUGAUGAAGUUCAAAUUUUGCCUUUCCAAAUACUGAAAAUAGUUGUUUCUGGCAGUUAUACCCGAAAUGGAAAUAAGGACCACUUUUCAUGCUGUUUUAGCUUAUGCUUUUCCCAGGCUGACACAUAUUACAUCUUUGACUAUUUUACUGCAGCCUUGUAUGUUUUCAUAGGGGAGAAAAUUCUCAGUGCAGUAAGGGUUAUUAGAUUGGGCUUUUCUUUCCAAGAUUGGGUUUUUCUUUCUUCUUCUGUCAUAUAUUUUCUAGCAUUUGAAUCAUUUUACUCGGAUAUGAGUGUCACUUCCAAAAGCAAUCUGCUAUGUUUGGUAUUACAGAUGAUAGUUCCACUGUGCUGUAGUAGUUCACUUAGUAAUGGAAGACUUUUUAAGAGGACAUUUUACACACAGAACAUGGUGAAGUAAAAAGCAAUACAGGCAUUUUUCUGAGAAAUCAUAGCUGCCACUGAUUGGUAUGGAUUUAUGUUUAUUUUGGUACCUGUCAGAGGGAAUACUAAAAUCAAGGCCCUGAGAAGUUUGCAAUGUCUGUGUAGUAAGUGCUAGGCAGUAUGACAUUACUAAAGAUUGAUUUGCAGAAAUGGUUUGUUUGCCAGUGAUCCUGUUGAAUCCAUCACAGAUAUGAAGAGUUGCUUGCAUUCAUUCUGUUGUUCCUAUAUAGCACCUGAUUUCUUUUGAUGUGAAAACACGCUUGCCAAAUUUGAUGGUGGUUCCUGAAUUGUCCAGUUGAGAUAUGGAAACAUGAAUGUUGAUUUUGUCCAGAUCUUGAGGCUGUACUCUUGUGCUUAGAACUGGAAACUGGGUGUAAAAAAAUGGCAGUACAAAGCCACCUAUAAUACUGGUUUUAAUCUUUGCUGUCUCUUUCAGUCUUCAGAUCCCUCCAUUGCCAUUUCUGAUCCUGUUUGCUCUCCCUGGGGACACAGGCACAGAGUGCCCUCCCAGCAGGCUGCACAUUCCACAGCUCUUCCCUGGCCUCCUGCCUGGCACUCUCUGUCAGGCUCUCUCCCCGUCCCACCUGGCAGUGCCAGGCCCAGAGUUCCUGAGUGGAAGAUGGAAGUUACACAGCACAGGGUAGGGUGCAGGAAUCUGUUGAGCAGAUUGGAGCACUGCAGUUUAAGAUCCUCUGUGCACAUAUGUUCACAGAGAAGGUGAUGAAAAUCCAGCUGUGGUUAUAGGGUGGAGGUACUGUUUUGUAGUGGGGUGCAUACAGACUGCUGCUUGCUGGCUGCCAGCAGGACUUGCUCAUUUUUUAAGAGUUACUAUUACUGCUAUUUGAGGCUAGAGAAGAUCAACUGAUACCACUUUAAGGGCAAGUACCAGACAGAUUCAUUGCAACUGUGUCAUGAUCCCAGAGCAGGCUUUGCUUUAAGUCACCUUUGCACCAGCAUGUUUCAGGACUGGCUGUUCCUGGACUUGUUGAAAUGCUGCAGUGCUGCCCAAGUUGCUGAGCUUGGCCACCAUCUUAGCUUCUUAAUGAAAAGACAACUGCUACUAUUUGUUUCCAAGUGAGAACCUGGCAGAGUGGCUGUUUGUUUGAUGGUGGUGAUGGUGUUCUCUUAAAUGUACAUCUACCAAAUUUUUAAUAUGGGAAAUGGAGUGAAAAAGCCUAUGAGCCUGUUACAAUUGCACAACAAUUUUAAUAACUUUUGAUAACUGUUUCUGCUUAUUAUGAUUUAGCUGAUUGUUGGAAGCAUAUGUUCAAGUCUAUGAGUUUUCUAGCCAAGCAAGAUAGCACUUCAUUAUGUUUAAAUGUUUAUAGUAAGAAAUAUAUCAUUUGUUUGUCAAAUGUAAUUGGGGAUAGUGUAGGGAGGUCAGAUUCAAAACAAACUUUAGCCGUUUUAGGGUUUCUGAAAAAGGAUAAGCAUCACAAAAUUCUACAAACACAAUGUAUGACAUGUUCAGUCAGUAACUGCAGUCACAUGUAGUAUGUCAGUAAACAAGGGACAUCAGAUAUUUUUUCCACCUAAGGGGAUACUUGCUCAGGUUUUAGAAGAGUACAAACCAUGCCGUUAAAAGCAAAAGUGCAGCUUUCCUUACCCUGAGAGCCAAAGCACCAUUAUUUGUGUUUUGCUAAUUACUUAACACUGGUUGCUUAUGUAACACUUUGCUAUUGACACUUUAUUGGAGAUGCAAGGCAGGAUUUAAACAAAGACUUAUGUGAAUGACUGAUAUCCAGAGAUGGGUGAAUGGCUGCAGAUUAUAUGCUAAAACUCAGCUUCCUGGUAUCCACUUCCUAAUCAAGUUUUCAAAGUGUGGUUUUCUCAUGUUUUCAUGCAGCUGAUAUUUACUGUGUCGUUACUGGUCUGUCUUUGUUGGGUUAUUUUUUUUCUGUGACUGAAACCAGUAACUUAAAACCUUAUUGUUCCAAAGACCAAGCCUGCAAACUGCAUGAUUUUUACCACAUCUACAGCAAAAUAAGAAGAUAAAAUGAAUGUUGCA